AUGUUUGGAAACAAGGAAAUACAGCAAGAAGAAAUUAUCAAGCAAUUGUGCACAAAAUAUGCAGUUAGCCCUCAGGUGAUUCUCUACGCAUUUGCUGUGAACUCUGGAGUAGGAAUCAUUCCACAGGCGACAAUUCCAGCAUGGAUAUUAGAAAACAUGCACAAAGUAGCAGCGAUUUCCUUUUCGGAAAAGGAACUGAAAGCUAUGCAUAGUCUUGACCGAAACACUGCUUUCUGCCCAGGAUGCUCUCCAUGGAGAUGCCUCUAA